AUGGUGACCUGGGCCCAUGACCUGCAGGAGCUGCGGCGAAGCGCCUCGCUGGCCACCAAGGUCUUUGUGCAGCGGGACUACAGCGACGGGACCCUCUGCCAGUUCCAGACCAAGUUCCCCCUGGAGCUGGACAGCCGGCUCGAGCGGCAGCUCUUUGAGGAGACAGUGAAGACCCUCAAUGGCUUCUACGCCGAGGCCGAGAAGAUCGGGGGCAGCUCCUACCUGGAGGGGUGCCUGGCGUGUGCCACGGCCUACUUCAUCUUCCUCUGCAUGGAGACCCACUACGAGAAGGUGCUGAAGAAGAUCUCCAAGUACAUCCAGGAGCAGAACGAGCAGGUGUAUGCGCCACGGGGCCUGCUGCUCACCGACCCCGUGGAGCGGGGCAUGCGGGUCAUCGAGAUCUCCAUCUACGAGGACAGAUGCAGCAGCGGCAGCACCAGCAGCGCCAGCACCAGCAGCGGGGGCGGGGGGGGCCGGUGA